AUGGAGGCCGGCGGUGCAGGCCGCUCCUUGACGGGGCUCUCCUCGGAUACACGCUCCAUCCAGCCUGGUCGCCAGGAUGCCCACCCAGAGGUUUCCCAUGUGAUUCUUGCCCGGGACCGGCCUAUUCCCCAAGAUCAUCUCCGAGGAAGACUUCGCCUGGAAGCAGCAGCAAAGGUCGAACGGAGCUGCGAACGGAAACCGGCUUCUGCGGUGAACCCAGCCUCUGGCAGCCUCCGGAGCGGGCAGCACAGGCCGCCAGCGCCUCGGGUCACCGUGCGCAAGACCACCGGGAAACGGCAGCACAGUACCUGGUCCUCUCUUGCAUUUCAGGGUCUGGAAUCCCUUGACACCUAUAUCCAGAACACACUGUCUGCCCUCUACCCACCUUUUGAGGCCACGGCAGCCACGGUUCUCUGGCAGCUGUUCAGCGUGGCGGAGAGCCUCCACGGUGGGGAUGGGCUGCGCUGCCUCACUGACUUCCUCAUCCCAGCCAAGAGGGCUCUACAGCGCCUGCAGCAGGAAGCCUGUGCCAGGUACACGGGCCUCAUCUUCGCGCACGAAGGCUGGCCGCUGUGCGUCCGUGAGAAGGUGGUGGUGCAGCUCGCGUCCCUCCACGGGGUCCGGCUCAGGCCUGGGGACUUCUACCUGCAGGUCACAUCAGGGCGGAAGCGGUCAGCCAGACUGGUUUUAAAAUGCCUCUCCCAGCUUGGACGGGGCUCAGAGGAAGUCACUGUCCCGGAGGCCAUGUACGGCUGCGUCUUCACGGGAGAGUUCCUGGAAUGGCUGAACGGGGAGCGGACCAGUGUCCCCUUACGAAACUGCCUGCUGACCUCAGGCUCCGCCGUCUUCCGCACCCCAUGGAGCAGUGUCACAGACCCCAUCUUUGUACCUACAUUCAGAACUGUCCCGCCCCACUGCAGCUGUCCUGGGCCUGGGUGGCCGCCCCCACAAAGCACCUCCAUGGCUCUGGCCCCGGCGUCAGCGGUGGCCAACGCCCGUCCCCGGGAGGCCACCCCUCCCAGUAGCACCGCAGCCCUGCCCCACUGCCAAAGGCACCCUGGCAGUGACCAGCCCAGCCUCCAACAUUCUCCAGGCAGAGCCGGGUGUGAAGGCCCUCGGAGCCCGUGCGGGAGCUCCAGCGGAGGCCUCGCAGGGGUUGGGCCCUCAGAGCUGGGCCCACGGGAAGGACCAAGCAGGAGCCUGGACGCCACAGACAAAAGGGACAGCCCCCAGUCCCUCACUGUCUGUGAGGACAUGGGCAGCCCAAGCUCCAGAAGGCAGUUGCCCAGGGACCCAGCCAGCGUGGAGAGCAAACGUUGGUUCAGAACGUCCUACAUGGAGGCGCUGCGGAACCCCAUGCCCCUGGGUUCCAGUUCUGAAGAGUCCCUUGGAGACGAGGCCUGCAGCUCCCAGACCAUGGGGGCCAGGACAGCAGCCAGCCCAGCCCCAAAGGAAACACCCAGCCCCUGGGGAGACUCCAUGGGGAUCCCAAGUCAGGAAAAACGUCCCGGAGCCACAAGGAGCACCCUUCCCCGGAGGUCUCGGUCCUGGGACAGGGCCCUCAGGAGCCGGCGAGGCGACACCCGGCAGGCCGCUCCCCACUCGGCCGGCAGCCGGCUGGGAGAUCUCCCAGGGGGACAGGCUGAGGAGACCAGAAGCGCACGCUCCGGCCGCUCACCCCGCUCCGGGGCCCAGAGUCCAGGUCUUGCUGGUGCCGACGCAGACAGCGGCCCCUUCCGUCGGCCCAGUCCUGGCUGGAUUCCAGAUGUGCCUGAGCCGCUGUGCCCCGAGGGAGGAGGACAGCCACCCAGCACGGGAGACGUGCCCAGCCAGAUGCCCAGGCAGGUGCUGGAGGUCAGCCGGGAGCUCCUGCAUUCGGGGCUCCUCGCCCUCCCCGGGACCCGAGACCACCAAGGGAGGGCCGUGGUGCAGGUCUGCACGAGGGGCCCGCUCUGGCCCAGCAGACACGCCUCCAGCGCCGAGCUGACCCGCCUGCUGCUGUACUUCCACGGCAUCCCCAGGAAGGAGGUGCGGGAGCUGGGGCUGGUCGUCGUGGUGGACGCUCGCGAGGGUCCAGCUGCCCCUGCCCUCUUCCAGGCUCUGGCAGCGCUGCAGGGACGCCACGUGGAAGUGCUUUCGAGGAAGGACUCUGAGGUGGAGGUCGAGGCCCGUCCGGAUGGAAGUGCAGUCAAUGCACCCGAGGGCGGCAUGUGGGGAAAGGAGAGAAGAGCCCCCGGCAGGCAGGCCGCGCACGGGGCCGGGGCUGGGGGGCAGGCGGAGGUGGGGGCGCGGCGGCGGGCCGGGCUGGCGGGAGCAGGCAUCCCGCCACUGGGCUCGGACAUCGGCAAGCGGGAAGUCAUCCGGUUUGAUGCUCAUAUUCUGCCCCCGGGGGCGGCCGGUGGUGGGCAGGCUCCCUGCACUCGCUUCUCCCCGACCCUUUGCCAGCCCCGGAUGGCGCUCCUGCUGGUCACCGUGGCCGCAGUGGCCAUGGCCGCCCUGGACAAGAGGGCGGAAUGA